AUGGAUACAGAAUUGAAACCUUUAAUUUCCGAGCGUGGAACCAUAAAGGCGGCAUUAACGCGGUUUAAUACGUUUUUUAAAGACUCUGGGUCAUCUACUUCUGUUGGAGCGUUAAAAAAGCGAUUAGAAGCAAAUACCACUUUAUAUGAUAAAUUUAAUAAAGUUCAAAAUAGAAUAGAGAUGUUAGUGUCAGGGACAGAUUUCGAGGCAACACAUGCAGCAGAGAGGGAUCAAUUUGAAAAUGUAUAUUUUAAUUUAGUCGCGCAAGUCGAGGAGUAUAUUGAGGGUGCCUCCGGUGCGUCUAGAUCAGCAGACGCCGUUGCUGGCCGCUCAGGUACUCCGAGUACAAUUGCCGAUCCGCAACCUGCUGUAACGUUGCCCACUAUUCAAUUGCCGUCAUUUGACGGCAAUUAUAGUGAUUGGAUUAGGUUUAGAGACACGUUUAUUUCUUUAAUACAUUCCAAUGAGUCACUGUCCAAAGUUCAGAAAUUUUAUUAUUUAAAUUCAGCGUUAAAGGGUUCCGCGGCUCGUGUAAUUAGGUCAUUAGGAGUUUCAGACACAAAUUAUAAAUUAGCAUGGGACGUACUGAAAGCGAGGUACGAAAAUACAAGUGCGCUAAAGCGACACCAUGUGAAUGCGUUGUUGGAUUUGCCGACUCCGCAAAGAAACUCGCAAACUUCGAUGCGCGAGUUUAUUGAUGACGCAACGAAUCACUUAAUAGCGUUGCGGGCACCACGAAUUAGCGUAGAUGCUUGGGAUCCUUUGAUUGUGCCCAUUUUAUCCCGGAAAUUAGAUUUAGUCUCUUCCAGGGAGUGGGAAAAACGCGUAGCUUCAGGUACUGGAGAUAUUACAUUUAAAAUGUUCGCGGAAUUUUUAGAGGAAAGGUCUAAUUAUUUAGAGAAUGUUGCAGCUAAUAAUCAAAUAUUAGGUAAUCGGUCGGAAACGAAUGCGCAAAGUACGACCACGCGUAAACCGCCGCGUGUAGCAUCGCAUAUAGUUAAUGAGGUCCCUAAAUGUUCUUGUUGUCAGGCAGAUCAUCCGCUACACACUUGCGAAAAAUUCAAGAAAAUGACUGUUAGGGAAAGAUCGCGACAUGUCAUGGAAGCGCGACGAUGUUUUAAUUGUUUACAGGCGGGGCAUAGAGUUCAGGCGUGUACCCGUAAUCAUUGUAGAUUGUGUAAAGGGAAACACAAUAUAUUAUUACAUCGCGAUGAUAUACACUCCGGUGCAUCAGGAUCAGAAACGAAAUCAGAAACAGGAAAGGUAGAGUCAGUUAAAUCAGCAGUAUCAAAAUCAGAUAUAACAAAUCCGGAGGUAACAUUAUCAUGCGUAUCAGACGUUCAAAAUGAAUCCUCCCAACACACAAUUCUCGCGACAGCAAUAGUUACAGUUAAAGAUAAGAAUGGUCAUAACCAUGAUUGUAGAAUUCUAUUAGAUUCAGGUUCACAAGCGAAUUUUAUAACGAAUGCAUUUUGCGAACGGGUAGGGCUUCAGCUAUCACCAUUCGAAGCUGAAAUAUCAUUAUUAGGGUCUUUUGUUAAAUUAAUUAAAGGAAAAUCCGAAGUCCAGAUUCGGUCGAAUUAUAAUAACUUUCAAAUUAGUAUCCCGUGUUAUUCAGUCAAGAAAAUCACAGAUGACAUGCCUAAUUUUCCCAUUCAAAAAUCAGCAAUUCUGGUACCUUCAAACAUUACCUUAGCCGACCCUAAAUUUUAUGAAAGUAGACAGAUAGACAUGCUUGUCGGAGCAGGCAUAUUUUGGAGACUCCUUUGUGUAGGGCAACAAAAAGCAGGACCCAAUGUCACUUGGCAAAGGACCCACUUCGGUUGGGUUCUUGGAGGAGUUCUAACAUGGCCAAAGGGCAACAGUUUAACGACAUCCAGAUGUCACUUAGUCACAAAUAACGAUUUACACCAGCAAUUAGAAAGGUUUUGGAAAGUCGAGGAAUUGGGCUCAGAACCCAACAAUAGUUUAGAUGAGUGCGAAGCACAUUUUACAGAAAACACGCGUAGGGACAUUGACGGGCGGUACAUUGUUAAGAUUCCCUUUUUAGAAACAGUUAAUAAUUUAGGAGAGUCCUUGCAGCAAGCUGAAAAACGAUUGCAAGCUUUAGAAAGGCGUUUUAGAAAACAGCCAGUAUUGCGCGAAGACUAUGUCAGCUUUAUGAGAGAAUAUGAAGAAUUGAAUCAUAUGACGUGA